UCCCUCUCCAAUUCCAACUCUGCAAGCGUAACAGUCCUGCACUCGACCAGCGCUGUAACGAUUACCUCCGCCAGCCGCUCGGGCACCGCCAACAUUCCUAUCACUACCGCCGUGCCCUCCGUCUUCAAUGUCACCUCCACGAUCCAACCCACGAGCACCACGAAUUCCACUGCUUCGGCGACAUCCUCCGCAUCCGCUUCCGCUACACCUACUCCGAUCGUACUCGCCACGAAGCUUGAUCCCGGUUUUGGCGUCCUCGGCGCCCUCCUCAUCAUUACCGGGUUUCCCAGCGCAUUUUGGGGACAUAAAAAUCGAUGGACAUCCUUUUUCUUGAUCGGGUUUUACACCCUGUCUCUCAUCUGCUUCGUUCUUAUCUUGAAGUUUGGUAUUUUGACCGCCGUCAAUCCUCCAAACAAAACUCUUCGGGGCAUGUUCGUCCUAUCUUCGGCGGUGGCUGGCAUUGCUGGUGGAGGCAUCUCCAUUUUUUUCUGGAAAGCCACUAAAUAUUUCAUCGGCGGCUGGGGCGGUUUCGCCCUGGCGCUUUGGAUUCAGUGUUUCAGAGAUGGCGGUCUCAUUCACCAGCUUGGCCUCCGCUGGAUUCUGUAUAUCGGCUGUGGUGCGGUCGGGUUCAUUCUCUGCACGAUACCCAAGAUACAUUACCACGUUCUUCUCGUGUCAACGGCCAUCGUCGGUGCCUCGGCUAUUAUCCUCGGCGUGGACUGUUUUACGACAGCAGGCCUCAAAGAGUUCUAUAUUUGGAACAUCGGGUUUAUGUCGCUCUUCACCACGUUCACGAGCCGCGGAAUACAAUUUCCGGUCUCGCAGACGAUGCAAAUUGAGCUGGGCCUCAUCGGCGCCAUCACGCUCAUGGGCAUCGCGGUGCAACUACGCGUUCUCAAGGUGCUUCAGCGCAAGCUAAAGGAGAUCAAGGAGGAGCAGCGCCGCCGCGAGGCGGAGAACGACAACAAGGCCGCAGAGCAGUUCGCGCGGCUUGGCGAGGAGAUCGCGGACUGGGAGAAGGACCACCCGACGCUGGGCAAACACGGGCGACAGGACAGCGACUUUUCGGGAACGCCCCUCAUGAAAGGCAGUGACGGCGCGUCGACUCCAGGCCCAGACGAUCGGGCUUUCGUCCGCAAUCGGCAUCAAUCCGGCCUCUCUGACUUCCUGGCCGCCGUGAAUCCGGACGAGGAGCGCGGGCAGCGCCGCUCGCAGAGUCCGGGGGCGUUGCCUGCGCUUGACCUUGGUAGCGAUAUACAGGAAAACGUGCCUCGUGGGUUCAUUGCGAACGAUGUGGAGAGGGCCGACUCGACAGCAGGCGGGGACCCAGAAGACAUCAAGCGGAAAGAGGAACUCUUGCAUGAGAUCCAGACCAUCCGUCGAUCCAUUGACUUAUUGAAAUCAGAAUCGCCGCAGCCGUCUUCCUCCUCAAACUCGCGUCAUCCUUCAUUGACGUCUCGGCGAACUCUCAGCUACGAUUUGAAUACGGCGACGCUUAUGGGUUCGUCUCACCUUCGUCCUCCGCGGGACGCCCGUCAUCGGGUGCAGUCCAUGGAGCUCUCGACCCUUUCUGCUACCAAUGUCGGCGACGCAAUCGGCAGACCUACGAGUGCACCUCUUCGCGACAAUGACUGGGACGCCUAUGUUCGUGAUCGUAAGCUUGUCCAACCUCCGUCCGGCCCGUCUGCCCCCAUCCAAACUACGCCCAUUCCGCUUCUGAGCCCGACGCCUCGCCUCACUGUGCCCCCGGCCGUUCAAGAUGCUCUGCUGCGCAGGCAACAGCGCGAGAGCAUGAUCGACGCCCCCGAUGGAGCUCCUCCAGCCCUCAGAACGGAUUCUCCACGGUCGAUUGAUGGCUUUGGCGCACACCUCGUUGCACCGAAGAUGUCGCACCAUCGGUCGAGUUCUUACAACACCAACCCUGCUCCCGUCACCGUUCUCCCGCCCAAGCGCAGCGCGGCCGCGCCACCAUCGCAGCAACCGCGCACGGUCACUUACGAAGAGCUGACGGAGCGGCAUCGCGAAAAGCUGCGGCAGCUGCAGGCCCCGCUGACCCAGGCGGAGAACGAGCACGCCGAGGUCGAGGCCGCCAAGGCGCGCUGGGAGCGCUCCAAGACUUCUGAACGUCAGGCGGUUGAGAAGCGCCAGGCUGAGCGUGCGGCGGCGCUCGCGAAGGAGGCCCAGCGGCCGCGGCGGUCGGGCGAGACGCACGGCGACGGCUCGGGGGGGAAGCAGCGGCAGCACACGAGGGCGGCGAGCGCGGAGAUGUUGGGCAUCGGAGCUGCGCCUUCGACGUCGAGACGGAUGUCGACGCUGAAGGUCGAGGACUGGCAGCGGUACCAGGCAGAUACGGCAACCGCGGAGCGCCGCCCCGUGAAUGCCGAGGGCCACGUGAGAAGCCGCAGCGGGGGGGUGCCAUUCCCUGCAGAGAGGCGGGGAAACGGAGGAGGCAGAGGAAGAAGCCGCGGCGGAAGG